CUCCGCACACGCCCACCCCCGGCCCCUUCCCCAGAUCCGGGCUGAGUCCCCGCCGUCGGUUUGCGCUCCGCGGGGCCGCUGCCCCUCCGACAAAGGAGGUGGGGAAGCAGAGGCGGGAGGACGGCGAAGAGGAGGGGAGUGGGACGCGUCCGCUCCGUCCGGAUGCGGUGAGCCCCCGCAUCGCCCGGCAGCGCGGAGGGAAGCCGAGGAGCAGCCGCGGCGCUCCGCCACCAUGGGCUGCUGCACGGGGCGCUGCACGCUCAUCUUCCUCUGCUCGCUGCAGCUGCUGGCAGCAUUAGAGAGACAGAUCUUCGAUUUCCUUGGUUUCCAAUGGGCUCCUAUCCUAGGCAAUUUCCUACAAAUAAUAGUGGUCAUUUUGGGUUUAUUUGGAACCAUCCAGUUUAGGCCUCGAUAUAUAGUUGUGUACACGGUGUGGACUGCCCUAUGGGUCACCUGGAACGUUUUCAUUAUCUGCUUCUAUUUGGAAGUAGGCGGACUCUCUAAGGAAACUGAUCUCAUGACCUUUAACAUCUCAAUGCAUCGUUCUUGGUGGCGGGAACAUGGGCCUGGCUGCAUACGAAGGGUGGUGCGUCCUUCUACUCCUGGCAUCCUAGAUGAUUACUCCUACGUCUCUGUGACAGGCUGCAUAAUUGAUUUCCAGUACCUAGAGGUCAUUCACAGCGCUAUCCAAAUUCUCCUCUCUCUGAUUGGAUUUGUGUAUGCCUGUUAUGUGAUCAGUAUUUUCAUGGAGGAAGAGGACAGCUUUGAUUUUAUAGGCGGAAUUGACACAUACUCCUACCGACAACCCCCCCAGGAACAUGUUGAGUUAAAGCCUGUAAAGCCUGUAGGUCGAACUAAGUAACAAAAGUUCGCUCAAGACUUCUGAUGUUGUAGCUAAAGAAAAAGACGUUAAAAGGAAAGACCAACCUUGUGACUCAUCGUUCUGGAAGAAGCACAUAGUCACGGCGUGCGGAUUGUUCUUCCCACAGGCUCAGUGUCAUUAUCAGCGUUGUUAUUUGGUAGAUCUUUGUAGAUGAUCUUGAAUUUUUGAAUGAUUUACUUAUAUGGACUCUUGUAAAUUGUAAAUUUUUUCUUUUUUAAUUUUAAUAUUUUUACAGCAUUUAAUGUUAAGGCAUGAAAACAAAACCUGUGAAAUUUAUGAGAAGGAUGCAUCUUUCUCAAGGAAGUCAGUAUUUUUUAUCUGAUAGAAUCAUACUGUGCCUGGUAAAAAUCAUGUCAAUAAACAAUGAUUUGGACUCCAAAUAAUACAGCAGGAGUUAAAUCCUAAUGGUGCAAAGGAGCUCAUUUCCAUGCUGUAUUUUGAAAUUCACAAUGUCCAAUCCUAGGUUUUUUUUGAACUGCUGUAUGCAGUAGGGAUAGAUAUAUGAUUCUGCUUGACCAGGAUGUUCCAGCACUAGUGUACUCAUCUAAUUAUUGCAAUUCAUAUAUGGCUCCUUCUCCCUCCCUAAUCUCUUUUACUCUGAGCCCAUCAACAUUAGCUUUCUCUGAUUCAAAAAGAAAUAGAAUGGCCACGCCAUCUGUGGAUGUCAGUCAUGAGAAACCCUUAAUUCCAGGGUUCUUUAGGUGUCUGUGAUUUGCACACUUUUAAACCCUUUUCCUCCCUUCUCCCAGGAAGAAGCCAAGCAUGAAUGUACAGUAUAAGGGAGCACCUUCAGCCUUAGAAGCCUCUGGGAAAUAAUUUUGCUCCUUAUUUAAACGUAAACAAGCAAUUCUGAAUAUGUGUACAAAAAUUUGUAAAGUUAUUUGUAAAUACUUCUAGGCAAAGAAUAUGUAUGUAACUGUUGUAUUUUGUUUUCUAUUCUGUCACCACUAGCAUAAAGUGAUACACAAAAGCUACUUUAUUUGGGAAACUGGCAGUCUUUUUACCGGAACUCUGUGUUUCUUUCUUCUUGAUUACUGUUUAAAAUGCCAUGCACAGUUUUACAUGCCAGAGUUACAUCAGUCCAUGUAAUGUGCCACAGCAUCAGUGUAAAUUUCACCAGGGCUUGGGGGCAAUUUCCCUUUUUGUGUUUUCUCAUUUUGUGUUUUCUUUGAUGGGAUUGUCAUGAAAAACAUUCAUUCUGAUAUGCAUAUCUCUCUCUUUCCACUCAAAGCUGAGCUAAGGUCCACUAAGUUCCUUCAUAAAUUUACCUAAUAGUCUUCAGAUAGUAAAUUGCAUUCCAACAGCUUUCAGAUUCACAGUUUGCUGUUUUCUCUUGAAGCUUGUCUAUCCUGUCUUUUCCAGUCUGAGCAGAUGUGAAAUAGACGAAGACUUACUUUGAUUCUUUCCCUUAGAAAGUCAGUUUGUGUUAAUUAGUUAUAUGAACCUAAUGUGAUUGUUAAUACAGUCUAUCAUUGUUAGGUAGAAAGGCUUUUGUGGUACAUCCACCUGUUUCCCAGUUAGUUGAAUCAAAAACCUCACCAUCCUUGGGGAAAUCAUCAGCUAAACAUGGAUUAACCUUCCCUUCCAGUAUGAAGCGUUAAGACAAAGUCAACAAUAAAAACUGAAUAGAACUCUUCCUUACUAUUCUUAGGGCUCAAUAUACCUCAAACAGUAAGUGUUUUUGUGUAAGGUCAGACUGUGCCAAAACCAGGAAUGCUGUACAUGAAAAUAAUGCCAUCUGUCAUCAUGUAUUUGAAUGUUUCUGAUAUGCUAUUUUCUCAUAUUUUCUAGAAUAUUGAAAAUUAAGAGGUUUUUCCUGUCUUUAAGACUUCAUCCGCGUGAAAAAAAAAAAAAAAAAAAAAAAAAAAAAAAAAAGAAGUAUCUGUCACAAAGCUAGUAUAAAUAAUAUCAGUUUUGAGGUUUCAUGAAGAGGAGACAAUGUGAAUUUCUUUGUAGUUGCCAUAUUCUAAUAAGGCAAAAAACAUUUUUAUCUACUUACGUAAAAUGUUACUUUUGCUUAGCACAAAAGAUUGUUUCAUUUCUUUGUACGAUACUUUAAACAAUGACAAUGUCUAUUCAGCCAGUGCCUGCAGCCUUCUGAGUUUGAGAUGGCUCCAGAAUUUUGGAGACUGGCAAAUCUGAGGGUUGUUCAGAGCCAAAUGGCUUUCAGGAGCUGCCUUGUUUCUCCAUUUCAGAGAGUUCACAGUGUGGGUAUCUCGUAUUGAUUCCAGUGAUCAAUGCAGUUCACAUAUGGGCUUUGCAUUUCAGCAUUAACUUCAUGGAAUUAAUUGUUAUGGGCUGAUAGAUAAGAGGCUUCCAAGUGAAACCAGUUCUACCAUGAGGACCAGAGAGGAGAAAAGGGAAGGAGUACUGAAGGAGUACUACAUCCCCAUCAUUUGCACACAUUCACCUUCAGAACAAAUGCACCCUAUUCUGACAGAGCAUUGGAAGCAUAUAUUUAAUUUCCUACCAAUACAGACAUAUCUGCUGGAUCGUGUUUUACACAUUUCUCUGGAUAUACCUCUUUCCUGGCUUUCUGUUGAACCUUCAGAUUUUCAGCUUAUUAAUGGGCAUGCCACAAAAAUUCUGCAAAGACAGAACCUGACUGCUCUUCUGUCUAUCUGAGGUAUUGAUCACUUUUUAGAUGGAGAACACUAACGAGAAUAUUACAAGUAAGCUUAAAAUGUUGGAAUCCUUACUAAUACGGCAAGUUUCUCAUCUGUCUCACUUAAUGAACAGAACAACCCUAAUUGAGUGGAAUUUGUCUUCAUUAGAACAAGCAAAAAUGGACACUGCAAUGCCGAGGAAAACUGUCUUUCUUUUCUAAAUUGAGACACACAAAAAUAAAUAAAUAAAUAAAAAAUAGUAACUAGAAAUCUGUUAGUGUUGGGAAAAACAAUUGAGAAUAAUAAAUGAAUUGAGUGUUAAUUUCUGUGUCAUCCAAUGCAGUAUACAUACUGGCUAAAGUUAUGGAAGUCUUGAGAAAUAAUGCUAUUCUAAUAUAUAUGCUUUCAGCAAGGUGUUAGGUGACUCUCAGAUCAACCAGAGACAUAACUGCUGACUUUCUAAAUAAGCUUGGAUAUUUUUGUUAAAUUUAAAUGUAACAUGCAAUUCAGGGGAUGGCUGCAUUUUUACUGCAAAAGAGAGUUUGCUCUUAAAAUUUCAGAGCAGACCAUCAGUUGGUAUAAGCUGUACUUUGGUGGAAUUUGUGUACCAUAGUAUAACAGUUUAUAACAGCUUGAAGAUUUGUCCUUCUGCCUUUCAGAUCUUUUUCCUUCCUGCAAGUCUCUGGCUAAUUCAAGUUCACAGAUAAUUAGAUCUGCAAUGGUACUUUUUCUGAUAAUGAAACUGGACACGUGACUGCAAAAAGAUGGUGUUACAUAUUCAGUAAGGAUUGGGCUGGGUACAAACAGAGUUUUUAAAAAGCAGCUGAUGUUUUUAGGACCUGAAACAGGAAAUGUAUAAAGAAAUGUUUAUGAACAGAUCUUUUCAUGACUGAUAAGCCAAGAAGGCCAACUGUAUCCUGGGCUGCAUCAAAAGAGGGGAGGCCAGAAAGGUGAGUUAUGUGAUUGAUCCACUGUACUCCACCCUUGUCAUCCCCAUCUGGAGUACUCUGUCCAGGCCUGGGACUGCUGCAACACCAGAAAUAUUUAGAGCUGUUGGAGUGGGUCCAGAGGAGGGCCACAAAGAUGAUCAGAGGGCUGCAGCACCUCUCCUUUGAAGAAAGGCAGAGGGCUUGUUCAACUUGGAGAAGAGAAGGCUGAAGGGAGACUGCAUUGUGGCCUUCCGUUAUGUGAAGAGAGCUUAUAAACAGGAGGGAGACUGACAUUUUACAUGAUGUGAUAGUGAUAGGACAAGGGGGAAUGGCUUUAAUCUAAAAGAGGGGAAACGUAAUGUAGAAGUUAGGCUGAAAUUCUUCACUCAGAGAAAGGUAAAGUUCUGGAAGAGGUUACCCAGAGAGGUUGUGGAUGCCCCAUUCCCUGAAGUGCUCAAGGCUGGGUUGGUUGGACCUGGGCAAUCAGUGUCUGGCAACCUUGACCACUGCAGGAGGAUGGAACUGGUUAAUUUUUGAUAUCCCUUAGAACACAAGCCAUUUUGUGAUUAUAUGAUAGAGUGAUGAUAUAUUAAAAUUGCUGGUGUUGCUGGAGACAAAGUGGUUGGGCUGUUGUCCAAAGCUUUUUCCUAUCCAUAUUGAUUUUUGACUAAAAAAAAAACUGAAAUUAUUACAUGUUUUGAAGAUCAAUCAUGAUUUCAAGUUCCUCUCUAAAACAGAACGGUUUAUUGCCUGUAUUUAUACAAAGUCCUUAUAGUGUUAGAAUAUGAUACUAACUGCUCUAGAUGAUUUACAGUAGAGCUGUAUCAGUUAAAAUCACAGGAAUUUUACCUGGUUUUAUUUAACAUCUACUUUCUUUCAGUAGUGCAACAAAUUUUAUUAAGAAGAUGGUGUUUACUGUAUAUUAUUAAAAUACUAGAGUUUGAAUCUA